AUGAGUGGCAACAAGGCCACACCAUACCUCUCCUCUACCCCUCCCAACUCCUCCACAAAAGUUAUAUCUACAUUACCAUCUUCAACACUCAAGCAAACUCCCUGGGGUCGUGCUUCCCUCCACAACAUUGAUAUCUGUUAUCAAUAUCUUCCAUCCACAAACAUUAUCGGAAUCCCUCUUGCGCCACAGAACUCAUCAAACUGCACUUUGCAGAAGUCCAGUAGACUCUCCAACCUGUUAGCUGCAUAA